CAUCUUGGCCGUUCGCUGUAGAGCCCCAAAAUAUCACAUAGGCCUAACUCUUAGCAGUUCGUAAACAAUAAGUAACGAGUGGCGUGGAAUAUAUUUGGUUGAAAACUUCAAAUCAUCGAUUAUGAAAAUUGAGAGGAAAAGGAGUGGAUGCAAAGAAAUAAAAUAACUAGAUGUUUGGCUGCUUAGCCUCUCUCUGGUUUGUGAGGUUAUAAUUUGGAGAAACUGGGAUAUUUCUCAAGAGACUUCCAGUUAAUUCCUACUUUCAGAAUUUGUGGAUAAUUACUUGGGUCAUUUUUACAUUGAGAUGUUUUACAAAAGACAUAUAUUCUUGAGGAAUAAGUUGUGAAAUAUAAUUGCUUGAACUUUGGGUUGGACUGUUCUAAGGACAUCUUAAAUUCAACAAAAAGGUAUACACCCCAGUCUCUUCGGGCUUUUUUUUUUUUUUUUUUUUUUUUUUUUUUUUUUUUUUGGGAAGGAAGACAUAAACAGACAUGAGUGCAGCCAGAACAGAGAACCCAGUUAUUCUGGGCUUGACAAACCAAAAUGGCCAGAAGAGAGGCUCUGCAAAGCCAACAGGGGGACCUGGUGGAGGUGGCAGUGGAUCUCAAACAACACAGCCUGCCCAGAUUAAAGCUUCCAGCACAGUCAACAAUGGCAACUCCCUGCCUGUGCCCACAGCAAACACUGUCAUCAAACCUGUGGAUGACUGGAAAAAGAAUUUAAAGCUUCCCCCAAAGGAUAUGCGUAUGAAAACUUCUGAUGUAACUGCUACCAAAGGGAAUGAAUUUGAAGAUUACUGCCUGAAGCGGGAGUUGUUAAUGGGCAUUUUUGAAAUGGGCUGGGAAAAACCAUCACCUAUCCAGGAGGAGAGCAUUCCCAUUGCGUUGUCUGGGAGGGACAUUCUGGCUAGAGCCAAGAAUGGCACAGGAAAGAGUGGUGCCUACCUCAUUCCCUUACUUGAACGUAUUGAUCUGAAGAAAGACUGCAUACAAGCACUGGUCAUUGUCCCCACCAGAGAACUGGCUCUGCAGGUGAGCCAGAUCUGCAUCCAGGUCAGCAAACACAUGGGUGGGGUUAAGGUCAUGGCAACCACAGGUGGAACCAACCUCCGUGAUGACAUUAUGCGGCUUGAUGAGACUGUGCAUGUUGUUAUUGCCACUCCUGGAAGAGUGUUGGAUCUCAUCAAAAAAGGGGUAGCCAAAGUUGGCCAGGUGCAGAUGAUCGUGUUGGAUGAAGCAGACAAGCUCCUAUCUCAGGACUUUGUGCAGAUGAUGGAGGAAAUUCUGAGCUUCUUGCCCAAGCAAAGGCAAAUUCUGCUGUAUUCUGCAACUUUCCCACUGAGUGUACAAAAGUUCAUGAAUGCCCAUCUGCAGAAGCCUUAUGAGAUAAACCUGAUGGAGGAGCUGACCCUGAAGGGUGUGACCCAAUAUUAUGCGUAUGUGACUGAAAGGCAGAAAGUCCAUUGCCUUAAUACACUUUUCUCUAGGCUCCAGAUUAAUCAGUCUAUAAUCUUCUGCAACUCAUCCCAACGAGUGGAGCUCCUGGCCAAGAAAAUCUCCCAGCUAGGUUAUUCCUGUUUCUACAUUCAUGCCAAGAUGAGACAGGAACACAGGAACCGCGUGUUCCAUGAUUUCAGAAAUGGUUUGUGCCGAAAUCUUGUCUGCACAGAUUUGUUUACGAGAGGAAUUGACAUUCAGGCUGUGAAUGUGGUGAUCAACUUUGAUUUUCCCAAACUUGGGGAGACAUAUCUUCAUCGUAUUGGCAGAUCUGGUCGUUUUGGGCACUUGGGUCUAGCUAUUAACCUGAUCACCUAUGAUGACCGCUUUAACCUGAAGGGCAUUGAAGAGCAGCUGGGCACAGAGAUCAAGCCUAUUCCUAGCAGCAUUGAUAAGAGCCUGUAUGUGGCAGAGUAUCACAGUGAGAGCGCUGAGGAGGUCAAACUGUGAGCAAGAGAGAUCACCAAGCCCCCAGCCACCACCCCACACUGUCUUUAUUUCUCCACAUUUUUGUCCCUUCUCUUUAUUUUUAUUUUGUCGUCUUCCUAUUUUUGUGCCACUGUGAGGAAUUUCUUUGAAACAGGACAAGAAUGGAGGAAAAAAUGUCAUGGCCCUUAAAAGGACUGCUGCAUCAUAUAACAUUCUGAAGAUUCUAAAGCACUUGUGAGAGAAGGGUAGAAGAGGAUGUUUGAAGCUAAUUAUCCUAUUUAUUGAUUGUGACUACUUUUCACCUAAAUGAACAUCACCCACUAGCCCUCAGACCCAGCUUUUUCCAUCCAGCACCUCUUUUUCAUGUAUUUGGUUAUUUGUAUGAAGUGCCUUAACAAGCAGUCGAACUUUGUUCAAAGUAAUAAUGUUUUUCUCCAGACCUUGCCCUUCUCAUCGGUCACCUGUUAUUUUGUUGCUCUUUGUUUACUUUUCAUUUUUACGUUUUCAGGAGAAAUCAUUAUACACCCCUGGUGUGUCGUGCUGUUUUGUUUGUUUUUUGGGGGGAAAUAGACCAAGUAGAUUUUGUGGACGGAAAGAGCUGCCUCCAAUACAUAUGUAAGGUGUGCAAAAGUGGCCUUUCCUCUCAAACUGGGUAUUAUGAUUUUUGUGAUGAAAGUGGGACUUGGAUGUUUUCUCAGCAUCUUUCAUGUGCCCCUAAAAUGGCUCAAGUGGCAUUUUCAUUUGUUGUCAUGGAACAUGUGCUUCUAGACACUGACUCUUUCCAUUUUUCUUCAGUGCUCCAAUAUGACUAGAGCCUUGCUCAGAGACUCAAGCCAGCCUUUCCCUCCUGCUGUGAUUCCUCUGCCGGAUAAAUGUGGAAAUAUUGGAACUCCCCCCCCCCCCCCCCCAAUUGUUCCAUUGCAGUUCUCGUUCAUUUUGGGUGGCUACACAUUGUCAUAGAUGUGCCAUUGAAAUCAAUUUUGGCACAAUGUAAACUUUUGUAAAUACUUUCAUUUCAUUUUUAAUGGAUCUUUUAUAAAACAAGCUAAAAGGCUGGAGGGUUAUGUAAGAAACCUCAAAGAUGCAGGAUUCUGUCAGCACUGGAUGGCAUCUCCUUUCCCUUUCCUGAUUCUGUCUAGCUGUCACCUUUUUUUUUUGGUGAUUUAAAAAUCAAGAAGGCUUAAAACUUGAAGUGAUGUCAGAUCUUUUGUUAUAAAAAUGGGAUUCCAGAUUUAUUUUUGGAAGUAUUGGCCAAGUUUAGUUACUGUGCACAGUUCAAAGCUUCCCCCCCCCCCCCAUUAAACCUCUACCAGUGGUGUUAUGGGCACCUCAUCUUGGUGUUAGUAGCUUAUCUAGAUUACCUGCUCUCCAGCCUUUGCUUGUUCCACUGACUUACAAAGCACUCGUUGGGUCCCUGUUCAUGGUGACUCACAUGUGAGAGAAAAUAUUUGCAUCAUGUAGUAAUGCUUGUUGCUGCAGUGCAGCUUUAAUUGGCUAGCUGUGGGGUGGGUGGGGUCAACUUGUGAAUGGUGUAGGAAACUGUUACACUGAUGUUCACUGCCAUUGGCCCUGGUACAUGAUGCUUUCAGAUGGGGGGGGGUCAGGGAGUGGGGGUUUUGAGGGAUUGGGGGGAUUAGGUGCAGUGCUAUAGUCUGCCAUUCUAAGGUAAAUGCAAAUAGUCCAAAUAUGGGGAUUGAUGAAUGUAGCUCUCAAAGAAACGGGUCUUGCAUUCGGGCCCCCCCGUCAAUUUUUCUUUAAUCCAAUUUUCUCAAAUAAACUGCAGAGCUAAACUUUUACCUUUUUGUCCUGCACUAAACUUGGGACUUGUGUUUUGGGAUUUGGCAAUAGUACUGCACAAUAGCCUGCUAGGGGCUGAAGAGGUGUUUAGGGGUGGGGGAGUGUUCUGAAAAUGGGAGAAUGCUGAUAACCAAAUGUUUGUUCAUUUUCUGUAUUGAGAGGUUUUAAUGACCCUCCUUUAACACUAAAAGAAUUAUAGGUAAACAGCAUUUUUGUGGUUUGUUUAGAAGACCUGAAUUUGUGUUCCCAUUUGAAGGCUAAGAGUACUUGCUGGGUUGGGGUUCUUGUAGGGUUUGGAAUGGGGAAUAACUGGUAUUUGUAUCCCAAUUGUCACUAACUGCUGACAGCAUCAGGUUGUCUGCAUGACAUUGGGAAUUCCUAGUAAAUAAAUAAACAUGAGACGUUUUCUUUCUUUGGUGGAUCAACUUUGUCUACUAUGGGAUGCUGCAAAAG